AAAAACUACCAAGUCUUCCAUAGCCAUAUACACGCACAUCACGAAAACAAUGAAGACCACUUCAGCGUUGCCUGCAACAUUCCUCUUCUUCCUCCUCUUUGCCUUCACCACCACCGCCGCCGCCUUCGCCGGCAACGGCCUAGUGCUAGACUCAGACGGCGAUCCAUUGAGAAACGGCGGCAAAUACUUCAUCUCACCUGUAAAUGGAGGUGGGAUUUUCGCCGGCGCAGUGAGGCACGGAUCAGAUACUAAUUGCUCACUCGCCGUGAUCCGAUCCAGUAACAGAUGGUCAACAACCAUAUCUUCUCCGUUCAAAAUACUUUACAUCUCAGAGAAGCUUCCUCUGAACAUAUCAUUCGCUCAGUUCGCACCCAACGUUUGUACCAAAUCUAAAAACUGGCUCGUCACGAGGUCGUAUCCUAUUAGGGAGCCCGUGAUGGUUGGAAGUGCUCAAGAGUUCGAUGGUUCUGUGAUGGAUGGUUAUUUCUCCGUUUGGUCUGUUGAUGAAACCAAAGGACACUAUAAGCUUGUCUUCUGUCACACUGGAGGAGAGUGUGGAAACAUCGGAGUCCUCGUUGACAUUAACAACUUCCAACGUUUGGUCGUCACAGUUGAUGAGCCUCUGGUCUUCAAGUUCGAUAAGGUUAAGGACAGCUCUGAUGCCUCCAAGCUAUCCAUGGUGGUUUAAUUUGAGCUCCUAAACUCUCCAGUUUGUAUAAUCUAAUAACGAUGACGAUGAUGUGAUAGUGUGACAUAUCUGAUCUGUUGCACUGUUUAUCUCUCUAUGGAUUAAUAAAAUAAAGUUGCACUAA